UCUCCCGCGCUGUCCCCGGAGCGACUGCACCAUCGGCGAAGAAGCUGGAGGGGCCCCCUGUCUCUCACUUCGGCUUUCCAAAUCGGCGCGUUUCUCUGAGGAAAGAUAUGCCAGAUCAAACGCGGGUUUAACGUGCAUACGUUUCGAAGAUAAAAAGGAUGAAAAUGGCUGCUUCCAGGACAAACCUGAGGCAAGUCUUUCAAAGACGCGAGAAGAUUACCUCUCUGCCUUUGUAUUACGAUGGGGUUCUGUGGAAAAAAAGCUCGAAGGAUAAGAACUUCCAAAGAUACUGGUCAGAGUUACGAGGGUCUUCAAUAUUCUUUUAUUGUGAUGAAAAGGAAUCAAUGUAUACAGAAAAACUGGAUCUCCAGCAUUUUGUAUCGAUCGGAGAUGACAACAGUGGAGGUAAAAACUCCCAAGCAGCUUCCUUUCAACUGCAGUUGAUCAACGAGCAGGUGAAGCUGAAGGCUGAAAAUGUUGAAACUAGAGAAGAAUGGAAAGGUUAUAUUACUGUGGUCUCUCAGCUGGAGAUUCCCCGUGACUUGACACUGCUGCCGGGGCAGAUGCUCUGUCUGGAAGAGGUGGUGAAACAAGAAAAACUUCGUCAGUCAAGUGCUCCAGUGAGACCAGAAUUGCAGAGAUUUUUAGUGGAGAAGCCUGAUUCGGAAUUCUAUGAUGAUGUGCUGACCUCAAUGCCAGCGUGUUUCUACAAAAUUUCUCGGAAUGAAGCUGAAGCAAUGUUGGAAAGGCACCCUGAGAAUGGGAACUUGAUACUACGGCCUUCCACUGAGAACACAAACUACUCAAUCACUACUCUGACCACAAAGUACAGUAGGCGAGUCAUAAAACACUACAAGGUGACCUGUGAAGAGAGUGGAUUUGUCAUCUGGGUGAACUAUCCAGUCACAUGUAGGAGCCUUCAGGAAGUUAUUGAUCACUUUAUAAAAGAGACCAGUGGGGCUUUGAAACCGUAUAUAGAAUCUGAUGUGUAUGCCGACAAAAUUGAGGUGUCCAAAAAUCCAAAUGAAAAAACAAACAAGAAGUUGGUGCCUAUGUCAAGAGUAACCCCAAUUCAAUGCCCCCCAGUCCUACCAUCUGAGCAUCCAGGCAUCCAAAGAAUAAUGAAAUCUCCAUCUAAAUCUCCUCAAAAGCUGCCUCUAAGACCAGAAAUGAGCAGCAGAAGUCCAGCGAACACGGAACCUGAGCCAAGUUACAUGAAUGAUGAAUUUCAUCUAAAAAUGAACCAGAUGGUCAUAGCAGAUGAUAGGCCUCCCACCCGUACUCCUCCAAAACCAAGAUUAUCUCGGCUCUUUGCUACAGGUGGAGGUGGUAGUGAUGAACUAAUGGCAAAGCUGAACGAGAGACGGGCAAGACUGGGAGAAGAUUAAUGAACUGAUUCAAAUACAUAUCUGUUUAACUGAGUUAGAGAAGCUGCGAACACAAGCAUUGCUCUUGAGUUGAUAUCAUUGACUCCUUUGAAUGUAAAAUUUACAUCAAAGUAAACAAAAAAACAAAAAUCGUAA